AUGAACAGUACUAGUACUAGUACUAGCCAUUCAAGAAGUACUUUUGUAUGUGGUAUCUGUCUUGCAAUACUUUCCCGGGAAGACUCAUUCUACGUCAAGGGUUGUGACCAUUAUAAUUGCCGGCAAUGCAUUGUUAAUUUCAUAGUGUCCAAUCUCGAAAACAAUGUCAUAUCCAUUGGAUGCCCAGAGCCGGGCUGCAGGGGAGUAUUAAACCCUGGGCACUGUCGUCCUAUCCUCCCUAAUGACAUCUAUGCUAGGUGGGUUCAUGCCUUAUUUGAUCACAAUAGAGAAUCUUCAAAUCCUGAAAGUAAUAGUGCUGGUACUGAUUCAUUCAAGAGUAUUACUAGAACUAGUACUGGUUCAUUCAAGAGUAUUACUAGUACUGAUGAGCAAAGUAGUACUUUCAUAUGUGUGUCCAAGCUCCAAGACAAUGUUACAUCUAUUGUGUGCCCAGAAAGAGGCUGCAGAGGAGUGUUAAAACCUGAGUGCCGUCGCUCAAUCCUCCCAAACGAAAUCUUUGAUAGCUGGAUCAAUGCCUUAUGGGAUCAAAAUGGGGAAUCUUCAAAUAUAGACAGCAAUAAUACUUUCGAAUGUGAUUUAUGUGUUGAAGCAAUUCACCUGGAAGACUCAUUUGACAUCAAGGGUUGCAAUCAUUUUUACUGUCGCCAAUGCAUUGUUAAUUAUUUUUUAUCGUCCAAGCUCCAGGAAAAUGUUGCAUCCAUUGCGUGCCCUGAACCAGGCUGCAGGGGAGUGUUAGAUCCUGAGUACUGUCGUCCAAUCCUCCCAAACGAUGUGUUUGAUCGGUGGGGAAAAGCUGUUGUUGAAAAUCUGAUCGCUGGAUCUGAGACUUUGAAGGCCUUCUACUGUCCCUUCAAGGAUUGCUCAGCUAUGUUGAUUGAUGAUGGUAAUAAGAUUAUACAGAAAUCAGAAUGUCCAUAUUGUAAGAAAGUGUUCUGCGUCCCUUGGCACGCAAACAUUGACUGUGUCGAGUUUCAGAAGUUGAAUGAAGGUGAGAGGGAAAGGGAAGAUAUCAUGUUGAGGAACCUUGCACAGAAGGAAAAAUGGAGGAGGUGUCCAAGUUGCCAAUAUUAUGUUGCAAAGAAAAGUGGCUGCUCAUACAUCAAAUGCAGGUCAUGA